UACGGUGGCAUCCAUCGGAAAAAGCUGUCCUCGAAUGCAUCCCGUGAACUACGGCAGCUUGGUACGGCCGCGCAAGGCAUGGCCGGUGAUCAUCAUCAUCAUCUCGAGAUGAUGACAAUGGAUCGGCGGCGCGGUAGCGUUGGAGCAGCUGGGGCCGGCAGCAAUGGAUCGGGCAUCGGUGGUAACCUCCUCUCAGUGUCGGUGGUCGAUCCGACGGCGCCGGGAGCUGUUGGUCCGGGUGGGAAGCGACGAUCGCGCAACAAUCGCGCGACGAGCUCGAUCGUGGCGUCUGUCGUCGAAGGAGGCCAGCAAGUUCCGCAGCAAGCACCGAAGCUGAAGAUAAAGCUGGGUGGCGGUCUGGUUGAAGCAACAGGCGCCGGCCCUGCCAGUGGUGUCGGUGUUUACGGCUUUGGAACGACGGCCGGCAGUAGCAGUCGACCACCUAAAAAGCGAUUGGCUAGCAGCGUACUACCGCCGAGCUUAGAAGAUCUCAAGCGCGAGUAUAUGAUGUUCGCGGAAACGAUGAGCUUCGAGGAUGACAUGGAAGCGGCUGGUGCUGGCAAUCCCGGUGCCGACAACCGCCGUUCGAUGCAGGACACCGAUACCGCUACCCACAGUGGUGACGACGAUGAGCCAAAGGCAAAGAAGCACAAGCACAAGGACAAGGAGCGGGAUCGGGAACACAAGAAGCGCAAGAAGGAGAAGAAGCAUAAGCGGGAAAAGGGCGAAAAGCAGAAGGUGGAAAUCAUUUCUGCGGCCACUGGUGGUGACGUUGGUGGGGCUGAUGAUGGAGGCGAUCAGAAAACGGCACAAGCACCACCGCGCAUUGUGAUUAGGCUUGGGGUGAAGAAACCCACGACGGCUGCUCAGCAGCAUUCCGAAGAGUCUUCUUCGUCGGUUGUCGGUUCCCAAACGCCCGAGCAACGAUCGCAACAGCAACAAUCACGUGUGUUACCGCCACCAUCGGCAGCGACAGGAGGCAGCUCGGGCGCAAUCGAUGGCAGCAGUAGAAGCAGCAGUCGCCAACAGCAGAGCUCUCCGGAAACCGAUCCUAUUGCCAUCGAUCUCGCGGCACUGCAUAACACCAACAAUCUCGGCCAGUCGCUUGGUUCCAGCCCUACGUCGAAUGAUCGUGUCGCUGCGGCACAGGCUGCUCCGGCGGAAAAACCACUCAUCACACCGAUCCGCCUCAAGCUGGCACGCAAUUCGGCUGGCGGUGGGUACGUGAUGUCAUCCAAGAGCAGUGCUGGUGGCAGCGGUUCCGAGCGUUCGCUUCCCAACGCUACCCCUCCGACUGUACCCUCCGUUGGACCUAGUCCAAAUCGGACCGGAAUCUCACCAUCCACGGAAUCGUCCAUCGCCAACAGGAGCGCGCUCAACCUGGGCUCACUCGAUCUGUCAGCGGCUGCAGGUGCUUCUGCAGCAAGUCGAAAUAUGAUCGAUCGUUUGCUAACGGCCGCCGCCAGUAUGGCUAUGGCUGGUUCACCGAGUGCCAACAUCGCCGGCAAUUCAAUCAAUACCUACGAUCGACCAUUGACCUCGGUAGAACGGGAUACUACGGGCGUUGGCAAAGCGUCUGCUAGUGCACCAUCAAUGUCCUUCAAAAGUUUGCUCGAUUACGCCGCAUCCGCUGCCAACGCGAGCAACAGCAGCAGCAGCAGUGGAAAUACGUUCAGCACCGCAACUAUGAGUGAAUCUUCCAGCUUUCUGUACUCUAACAGCAACAGUACCAACACGAUCACAGCAGCACAUCAACAGCAUCAGCAGGUAUCGUUCAAUCAAACGUCAGUCUCAAUGCUACCCUUAGCCGCCGGCCAACCUUCAACGUUAGCAACGCCACAACAUCCUAAUCUCCAUCAGCAGCAACAGCAGCAUCAGCAACAGCAUCAGCAGCUCCACCAGCAGCUGUCAAACCAACAGUCACACCAGCAGGAUCCAUCAGGAGGCAAUAGUAACAACGCAAGUGCAACAAACGCCAGCAGCAACAGCACAAAGAAGGACUGCGAGGUGCGAUGACAGUAUAUGCUCUAGGAGGUAGUCUAAUCGUAGAGUGUUGACCAUUGAUUGUGGAGCCUCACUUUACGAGCAGUGCCACCAUAAUGCCGAUGAUCCGUUCUUCCCUAAUUGGAUAUUGGUUGGUUUUUUUUUCUUACAAUUUUUCGCUUUUUCGGUUCAUUUGCAAUUUUUGGUGAGACCGGAAAGCUUUUUCCAUCCAAUUAAAAAUGUGCAAUAGGAUGUGGGUAACGGAGAUCCCUUGGGGAUUAUCUAAUCAAAUUUUGUGUUUUCUAAAUUUUAUUUCUGGAUCUCAUCGCUUUGAAACGUAACCGAUGUUCUACCGAUGAGAUCUUUAUUUUUUAUUCGACAACUCCGCGGAUGGUAUUGUUUAUUUCGUUUUUGUUGAUUGUUUUUAAUCAUCCCAGCGCACCUCUAAGUCAUUGUUUUGUGUCGUUGCUCCGUUUUGUUGUUGAACGAUUAACUGUUUGUAGUUUGCGUGCAUCAUUCCCGUUGCGCACGAGCAGGACGAUGGUCAGCAUACGAUUUCUGUACCGCCAGCGGAACAGAACAGACCAUAACCCUUAGCUAAUACGCAUAUUACUUUGUGCAUAGUCCAUGCGGGAAGCGACACAGUUUGAGAUAUUUAAUUGUAUAAAAACACACACUUACACAAAAACACACGAGGGUAGUCUAUAAAAUUGUAGAACACAGAAAAUACAAACAACAAACUCCUUAGCGAAUAGUGUAAAUUAAUUUAAUCUUAAUUAGAACAACCACUACAAAGCAGCAGCAACAGAAGUACGAUAUUUGAGCUAGGUGAUUUUGGAAGCAUACGGGAUUGUUCUGGAGUUCUCGUUCGUGAUUGAUUCGAUAAGACCGUCGAAAUGAAGGUUACUCGAUAAAAGGU